UCUGAGACUUCAAGCUGGAAGACAAUGGUGGACUCAUAUCCCCACUUGCUGGCUGAAGCAUACAGCUCCCUGGCUUCUGCUCACUGCUCAUUACUGGAGAACCCUCCCAAACGCCUCAAGCAAUCUUAGGAUCCUGUCAGCUCUGACCUACAGGUGUAUUCUAUAAGCGGCAGCAGGCAUUGUUUCCAAGGACACCUGGGCAGACUACGAGACACUGUAGCAUUUUCAGAGAACCUGGGGAAAGACAGACAGCAUG